AAGAAGUUCUUACUUCUUUAAUUUCUUACUUUUACUAGUUCUUACUUACUAUCAAAUAUUAAAGCACAGCCCAAACCUCAUCAGUUGUGUGGUAAUGUUGGCAAAAAAGAGGAAUACAUUCCAAUUGAUUAUUUUGUUGCUAAAAAUGCUUUUUUUUCUUGUUAUUUGUGUUAAGUACUUGAUCCGAGCUUAUGCUAGACAGUAUUUCUAACGUUUUUCAAACAAAUUAAGAUGAAAAUGGUCGGUUUGUUCUUUCCUUCAGAAAAAGCAUUAAUUGUCAGUAACACCUUUUUUUUCCUAGUCCUGCGUUUUGACGCCGCUGCAACAGGUGGCGCUCUCCUCCCGACACGCUCAGAAACGCCAUUCAGCUGCUUCUUCGUGUUCUGGUCACAUUUUCCAAGAUGGCUGCGGCCGUGGUGCGGGUCUGCGAACGCGGGCUUCUGCGGAGAAGCAGCGCUCUCCGGGCCUUUGGGUCCCCGCUUCGCCGCAGCUCCUCCGCUGGCGGCGGGCUGCUGCUUUCGUUACACAGACGUGGCGUUUUGAAGGACUCUUUCCCAGAAAAUGCGGCCCAGGACCGGCUUCCCCAACUGCUGCAGUCCACUCCUCAGACUGUUUACUGCGGCUUUGACCCCACCGCCGACAGCCUCCACGUGGGUAACCUGCUCGCUAUCAUCGGCUUACUGCACUUCCGAGGCGCCGGCCACCACGUCAUCGCCGUGCUCGGAGGGGCCACGGCGCAGAUCGGAGACCCGAGCGGGAAGACGAGCGAGCGCGAGCGGCUGUCCGUGACGAGCGUCGAGGCGAACACGCAGACAAUCAGAGAGAGCAUCCAGAGGAUUUUCACCAACCACGAGAUGUACUUCCACGACAGCGGCCGGACGCUGGGAACAGCGACGGUUCUCAACAACAUGAGCUGGUAUAAGAGCUGGGGGGUGGUGGAGUUCCUGUCGGAGGCCGGGAGACACCUCAGGAUGGGCACCAUGCUAAGCCGACACAGCGUGCAGGCCCGGCUAAAGAGCCCGGACGGGAUGAGCCUGACGGAGUUCACCUACCAGGUGUUCCAGGCCUUCGACUUUCACCACUUGAACCAAACCCGCGGCUGCAGAAUUCAGCUGGGGGGCACCGACCAGCUGGGCAACCUGAUGUCAGGCCACGAGUACAUCCAGAAGGUGAGUGGUGAGGACGUGUACGGCCUUACCAUACCGCUGGUGACCAACUCAAUGGGGGACAAGCUGGGGAAAACGGCAGGGAACGCUGUAUGGCUGAACAGAGACAAGACCUCCCCCUUUGAACUUUACCAGUUCUUCCUCAGGCAGCCUGACGCCAACGUGGAGGGGUACCUGAAGCUGUUCACCUUCCUGCCUCUGGCAGAAGUGGAGAGUCUGAUGAAGCUGCAAAGGGAAGAUCCCGGUAAACGACUCGCACACAAGCGGCUGGCUGCAGAAGUGACCAAGCUGGUUCAUGGAAAAGAGGGUCUGGAGAGCGCCAAAAGGUGUACCAAUGCACUGUAUCAUAGCAGCGUGCGGGCCUUGGAGGAAAUGAGCGAUGAGGAGCUCCAGGAGCUCUUCAGGGAGGCUCCCUUCCAUGAGCUGCUGUUGGAGCCGGGCAUCUCCGUCAUCGAUGCCUGCCGUCUGGUCAGCGCCAUCCCUGAAGGUCCCAGAGGGUACCAGAUGGUUUCAGACGGAGCCGUGUGGAUCAACCACACACGGGCGGACAAACCGGAGCAGGUUCUCGUCCCCAAACUCCACGUCCUGUCCAACGGACUCACUCUGCUCAGAGUGGGCAAGAGGAACUACUACAUCAUCAAGUGGCUCGGUCUUUGAGGCUGCACCGCCCACCGCAGUGCCUGUACGCCGUAAAGGACUUACAGGCAAGGUAGGCGACUAAAGCAGACUGUAGCGGACUCAUAAUGGUGACUCUGUAAGUCCAUGUGGCCUUUGUUAAAAAUGUAAUCGUACAGACAACUUUAGUAUUUAAAGGUAUUAAAAGAUUUGUGCUUCCAGAGUUGUGUGUUAGAUGAAGCUCUAGGGGGCGCUGUUGGCUUGACAGUGGUUGAGUGAACACUGCUGCACCUCCUAUCCUGCUCUGACCCUUUGAGUAAAUAAUUGCUCACAGCUAAAUUAGAUUGCAUCAUUUCUGUCAAAAGGCUUUUGGUUCUAUUUAAAGACGACUGCGCCACUUUCAAUUUAAGCAUCAAGCUGCCCUCUAUUCUCAUUUAGGGGUGUUUAUUUUUUUUUGCAUGUGAAUAAAAAGUAAAAACUAAGAAGCUUUAUGAUAAAUCUGGAAAAAAACAGUUGACUUUAGGAUAGCAGAAAUUUAUUUUCAUCUUUAUAUGUUAUUACUUCAUAUAUAAAUAUUUUCAGUCAAUAAUUCCGAUAUAUGUACAGAUUUUGUUACGGUAAGAAAAUUUUUUAGAAUUAAAAUGUUUAUUAGGCUUUUACUAAAUCAGCUCAGUUUGGGGUCCUCUUACUGGACUUUAUCUCCAUUUAGGACCACAGGUUCAUUUAUUAGUGUCCAUUGAAAGAAUAUGAUGCAACAAUUUCAGUUUUGUUUUGGAUUUUACUCCAUUUUAAUUGUAUUUAUUAAUUUUACUGUACAUCCAAAAUGUUUAAAAUAAAUACUGAAUAUGUGUGUUUUAGAACAUAUUGGCA